UACUAUCAACCUCCAACGUGCCAACAUUUUAGGUUAUGUUUGUAUAUUUGUUGUGUUGUCUUGUGCUACUUGGCGAGAUUUUACAAUUUUUCCCUAUCCGUCACUGAAAAAUCAAAUUUCUACCUAAUAAAUAUAAAGCAGUAAGUCGAUUAUCGUCGUCAUCAACUAUGUCGUUUAGGGGCGGCGGAGGCGGUAGAGGCUUUGGGGGCCGCGGAGGAGGCGGUCGUGGUGGCGGAAGAGGAUUUGGUGGCCGCGGGGGUGGAGGAGGCAGGAAUUUCGACCAAGGACCACCUGAGAGGGUAAUCCCAUUAGGGUUUUUCGACUACUCAGUUCAGGACGAUCUGGUGUGCAAAGUUGAGCUGGAAGACGUGCCUUUUUUCAACGCUCCCAUUUAUCUGGAAAACAAGGAGCAAAUCGGAAAAAUCGACGAGAUUUUCGGUAACAUAAGAGACUAUUCCGUGUCAAUAAGGCUUGGGGACAACAUGAAGGCAGGCAGCUUUAAAAAGAACCAAAAACUGUUCAUUGAUCCGGCGAAACUCCUUCCGCUUCAGAGGUUCCUUCCCAGACCUCCUGGCUCCGUACAAAAAAGAGGAGGAGGAGGUCGUGGUGGACGAGGUGGGGGCGGGGGAAGAGGGGGAGGAGGUUUUGGUGGCCGAGGUGGUGGAGGCAGAGGCGGAUUUGGCGGUAGAGGGGGCGGCCGUGGAGGUUUUGGCGGUGGGGACAGAGGCAGAGGAGGAGGAGGCUUCAAUAGGAACUCCGGAGGCGGUGGUGGAAGGGGUGGUUUUGGCAGAGGAGGAGGCGGGGGAGGGUUUAAUAGGAACAGUGGCGGAGGUGGGGGCGGAUUUAAGAAGUGGUAGGUUAAGCGUAUCUGUUAAUAUGUUCAAGUGGUGUAUAAAAAAUAUUUUUUAAUAAAAUGUCUAGUUUUAAGGAA